GAGCAGGGUUAGGGGUUCCCCAGGCAGCCUGUCCCUGGGAUGGAGACACCCGUGGCUGCCCCUAAUCGAGUCCAGCUAGGAGGCGGGCUCCAGGCCCUCACCUCGAGGAAGCUGCGGAGACCGGGCAAGGUUAUUCUGCUGCUGUGUAUCACCCUACUCCACGCCAGGCUGGAACUGGUAGAACAAGGCUCUGGGGGUCGGAGCUCUCCAGCCUCUUCUGAAUGGCUCCCUUUACCUCUCUUUGCAGUGGUGGCUUCUCGAGCCCCCAGGAAGGUACUUGGCUCCUCCACCUUUGUCACAAAUUCUUCAUCGUGUUCAUCGAGAAAAGCUGAAAAUAAGUAUGCAGGAGGGAAUCCAGUGUGUGUGCGACCGACUCCAAAGUGGCAAAAAGGCAUUGGAGAAUUCUUCAGGCUGUCCCCUAAAGACUCUGGAAAAGAGAACCAUGGCCCUGAAGAAGCGGGAUGCAGUGGCUUAGGGACAGCAAAGAGAAAAGCAUGUCCUUUGCAACCUGAUCACACAGAUGAAGAAAAUGCAUAGAACUUACUCAUCUGAAUAAUGUCUUCAGUUUACUUAGGUAUUCUGGGAUGUAAAUUUGGGUAGAUGUGUUUGUUCAAUUGGCUCGUUGAAUAGGCAUUUAGUUAAGGGGGUCACUAAAAUUUAGCCAUUCAAAAGCAACUAGCUAUAAAGGGGAGAAUUUUUAUAAUUUGUAAAUUAUAAUUGCAUACUUGAAUUUAUGAUGUCAUAUGAUAUGUUGCUUCUUUUACCUGUUUAGCUUCUUGCUAAAAUCAAUAUUGCAUGAUGUUCUAAUUACUAAUCUACUGUCUUUGAGAUUUGCUUAGAUCUUUGUUCUAAUACCAUUUUAUGGGAACUUGAUUAUUGAGAUAGUGUCAUUGUUAUGGUCUGUUUGCUUUAAAAAGUUGACUUAGUCUUGUUCACAUUAAAAAAUCAGUAUAAAUUAAA